AUGUUGGAGAAGGUAGUCGGGUUUGAUCCGAGUAGCUUGAAGCAACUAAAUAAAACACGAGGUAUUCCAAAAAUGGAUCAACAAGGCCACGGGCAGGCCCAAGGGAUGAACACAGUGAACACCUCUGCCCAAAUGCCCUACACCAUGCCCCCAUACCCACCUCCAAACCAAAUGAUGGGCAUUGUCCCCCCUGCCCCCGGGCAGCCUUCCCAAACCUCGGGUCUCCCUUCCCCCCCUGCCCAACUUGCCCAACAACAACUCGCCUAUCAACACAUCCACCAACAACAACAACAACAACUCCACCAACAACUCCAAAACUUUUGGGCAAAUCAAUAUCAAGAAAUCGAACAAACAACUGAUUUCAAAAACCACUCUCUCCCUUUAGCCAGAAUCAAGAAAAUCAUGAAAGCAGAUGAAGAUGUUCGCAUGAUAUCUGCAGAAGCACCUGUGAUUUUUGCACGUGCUUGUGAGAUGUUCAUUCUUGAGUUGACUUUAAGGUCAUGGAAUCAUACUGAAGAGAAUAAAAGGAGGACACUUCAGAAGAAUGAUAUUGCUGCUGCUAUUACACGAACUGAUAUUUUUGACUUUUUGGUUGAUAUUGUUCCACGUGAGGAUUUGAAAGAUGAGGUGAUUGCUUCUACUAUUCCAAGAGGUGGGCCACUUCCGGUGGGGGGGCCCACUGAGGGUCUACCGUAUUACUAUAUGCCGCCACCACAGGUUGGUGGUUCAGGGAUGUAUAUGGGGAAGCCGGUGGAUCCUCAGGCGAUGAGCCUCAAGAAGAUGCUUGAAUUGAACACAGUGAUGAAAACAAAGAGACCCUGAAGAUGGUGGGUGUAGAUGAAGGAAGAAGAGUUGAUAUCUGUUUAAAUUUUCUCAUGUGGUUGGUUAUUAGGAAGAAUGCAAUGGUAAUGGUUGUAGUAGUAGUCAAAAUAUAACUUUAAAAAACUAUGUUAUGUGUGCAUGUUUGUCUACUUGUCCUUAAAUGAUACUACUCUUGUUUUAAGAAGGAUUAGGUUCUUAAAAUCUCAAAACUCAUGGCCAUUGCAAGAGGAAUGUUUGAUUGCUCUUUUGAUGCAUGUAAGUUGAAUGAUUCCAAUCUCUUAAUGGUUUAGAGAAAGUUUUUUUAA